AUGAAGAGCAAGAAGAAAGUGCUGAGCGGAGGGCCGAUUCAAGAUCAGACAGAAGUAAAGAAGGCGCUAAUUGCUUUGAGAAAAUUUGACUUGAAAGGAUGUUAUCAGCAGUUGCACAAUUUAACGGCCAAGGAACCGGGAAAUGUUACAGCGUUUAUCCUCAAGAUCUACCAUAUUCUCGAUUACCUCCGCCAAGUGCCCAGUCCCAAGUACCCGUAUCGUUACCCAGAAGAUAUGCGCAAAGAAGUUAUCGACUUUGCCCGCGAGAAGGCAACUGAGAUCGCUGAAUAUGAGCCUUCAAAUGCAUACGCUUGGUACGUUCUUGGCUUGGCCGAAUAUCUCGCCAAAAACAAGCAAGAAGCAAAAGAAGCUUUCCGCAAAUUUUCGUCUCUGAAUCCAGGAGACCUAGCGAUGCUCCAUCAAAUCAAUCGAAUCUGGGAGCUUCCAAAGGAUAUAGCGGUGGCGAAUAGAAGAGCAAAGCCGGGAAAUAAAGUGGAUAGCCAGUACUACAAGGAGAUUCUCAAGAAAAUGAACAAGUUUGGCCUUGAUGAUAAUGCGCUGAAGGGAAUGAUCGCGGAAGAAGACCCAGAGAUUUUCAACGAUGAACGCGUCAAAUCGCUCAUGCAGGCGCCUGUUUCUCCGCGGAAAGCACCUGAAAUUCAACUAGAGGACAUUCCACCACUCGACAUUGUCAUUCCUCAAGAGCGAGUCAUCACGAUCCCGCAGGAGCAAAUUGACGCUGCUAGGCUUGAGAAAGAAAAAGGCAACCAAGCAUACAAAAACAGAGAGUUCCAAGUUGCGCUGGAACGCUACGAAGCCGCCUCGGACCUUGAUCCGACCGAUGUUCUCUUUCUCGCCAACAAAGCUGCCGUUUAUGUUGAACUUAACGACUUCAACGCUGCGAAAGCACAAUGCCAGAUUGCGCUCAAACUGGCGAAGCAGUUCGGUUGCUCGCGUCAGAUGUUCGCGAAACUCUACUCGAGACUGGGCAAUUGCGAGAAGGGCUACCGCAACUACUUCCAAGCAAUUAAGCUUUAUAAGACCUCCCUCGUCGCGGAUCCAGGAAAUGUUACUGUCCAGAAGAAUAGAGAUGUCUGCAUCAAGCGGCUGAAAGAAGAAAGACGCCGGCAACGAUGGAAUGCAGAAGAAUUUGAAAAUGAACUGCGACAAGCAAUUUAUCUGGCAGAUGAGCAGCGAUAUCUGGAAGCGAUCGAAGCAUUCAACGAAGCUGAAAUUUGCCUGCCCGAAAAUAACAAAGAGUACCAGAAAAACAGGACUCGCCUCUUGCUCCAACGUGGACGCGUUUUUCUGUGCAUGUUUGACGUUCGGGAAUGCCUCGCCGAUGCUCUUGCCGCAAUCGAGAUCGCCACGAGGUCACAAAUAUUUAAAACUCCGAAUGUCGCAUUUUCUGUAUACAAAAAUCUUCCGCGAGUUUUUUCUCGUUCACGUUACUCAAUUUUUGAACUCGACUUUGUUCAAAAAGAAUUUGUGACCCCAUUCAAAGGCAAAUUAAACGCCGAUGCUUGGCUACUCAAGGCAGCGGCGCUAGAAUGCGAUAAAAUGUACGAUCAAGCGUCGAAUGCCUUUCAAACUGCGCUGAAAAUUCAAGCGACGUCUGAAGAAGCAAAACGCGGUCUAAAGCGCUGUCUAAAGGCUUCCUUCCAAGUCCGAAACAACCCGACACAGCUCAAAUUACGCAAAAAGUACAACGAGAAUAUUAUGGAAAUUCUAGCAGAUCCGAAAAUCAAGGCCCUGCUGAAGGAUCUUUCGCUGCGAGAUCAGAGCGAUUACCUGCGCAAUCCGGAAAUGGUGGAAAAAGUGCAGACGCUCAUUGAUGUCGGCAUCAUCAAGAUGCGAUCAGCUCACUCGGAAGUUUAUCCCCAGCAUAACUUGGACCCUGACAACCCGAUAUUAGUUCUGCAAAAGAAUGCGCAUUUUGAGACGCACGAUGACGAGCCCGUUCAAGAGCCAAGCGAAGUUCAAAGCUAG